AAUUGCAUUAUUGCAAUUGAGCAUUCUUUUCACAGGAAACACAUGAGGAACAUGACACUUUAACUGAAAAUGCAGAUGAUUCAAACCAUGAUCCUCAAUUUGAGCCUAUAGUUUCCCUUCCUGAGCAAGAAAUCAAGACCCUUGAGGAGGAUGAGGAAGAACUCUUUAAGAUGAGAGCCAAGCUGUUCCGGUUUGCUUCAGAGAAUGAUCUGCCGGAAUGGAAAGAGCGAGGCACUGGAGAUGUGAAACUCUUAAAACACAAGGAGAAAGGAACCAUUCGCCUCCUUAUGAGAAGAGACAAGACCUUAAAAAUAUGUGCAAAUCAUUAUAUUACACCAUUAAUGGAGUUGAAGCCAAAUGCUGGAAGUGACCGGGCAUGGGUCUGGAACACGCAUGCUGAUUUUGCAGAUGAAAGUCCUAAGCCUGAACUUCUGGCAAUCCGCUUUCUAAAUGCAGAAAAUGCACAGAAAUUUAAAGUGAAAUUUGAAGAGUGUCGGAAGGAAGUAGAAAAGAAAGCCAAGAAGGGUAAGAUGUUAAUAUCCUCUUUGAAUUUAGCAGGCAAAGAGAAAAAUGAUGACACAGUUGCUGAAAAAUUAGAAGCGCUUUCUUUAAAAGAAGAGAGCAAAAAAGCUGAGGAAAGAAGAGAUCAAGGAAAAACUGAAGAAAAGCAAUAAAGUCAUAUAGCACUUCACGUCUUUUCCUUUUUUUUUCUAAUUUUUACGAGGGACUCUUAAACUGAAUUCCAACAUUUGGGUUGUCUUUUUCUAAGAUUUUGCCCUUUUGAAAAUUCCCAAAAAUCCAUUCCCCAAUCAUAAAUGUACUGUGCUAACUUUUCCAUAGUGGAAACACUUAUUUAUAGUCAUCCAAAAGUGAAUAAAGCAAAUUUGAAAUAGCAUCAGAA